AAAUACAAAUACGCAGUUGUGUCUUGUGGACCUAUUUGUCAGCUUAGGAAGUCUAAGAGGGCAUUUAGCGUGUGUUCAAAGGUUCAGAUUAAUUUGUAUAGUAAUGUGAUGUAUGGUGUGGUGUUAUGCAAAUGUUAUGUUAUGUGGGAUCAUAGGCGAGGCAGAGAGGAGCUGGAGCGCAGGAGAGUAGAGCAGCGAGCACGGCUAGAGGCUGAGGCCCAGUGGCUGGUAGAAGAGAGGAAGAGGAGGGAGAAAGAGGAGCAGAAACAUGCAGAGGAGGAGAGGGCCCGUGCAGAGGAAGAGAAAGCCCUCAGAGCCAUGCAGGAAGCUGCUUUCCUCCAGAAACAGAGAGAGGAGGAGGAGACCCAGGCCAGGGAGAAGGCAGAGCAGCAGAGGCUGGAGAGAGACAAACACUUCCAGAAGGAGGAGGAACAACGACAGGAGAGAAAAAAGCGACUGGAGUUGAUCAUGAGGAGAACUAGGAAACCUUCAGUUGAAGAUAAAGACAAGCCUGCCCAGAAUGGGAACUCAAACGGUAACUCCUCCUCUCCAGAGGAAGCCCAACCAAAAGAGAACACUAAGCCUGUUAAGAAUGGCAACGGCACUUUAGAAGAGGUCAUCAACCUAGGGGUCGGUGUUGGGACUGGGACCAAACCGUCCAAGCUAGGUCUGAGUGACACGGAAGACAUGGUUCCUGUUGUGGCCUUCAAAGAACGCAGGUCCCUGAGAACUCUGACAGGCAUGGAGGAGAUCCAAUCCCAUCAGCGAGCAGAGGUUAUCUGAGUAUCGUACUGAUCAGAGGGGGAAGACAACCCAUCCAAGAAUCUUUCCACAGCUGUGGUGUUUUUUCCUUUUUUCGACAAAGAAAGGAAUAACUGCAGCUUUUUUUCCUGCCCUGCACUUUGAGAGAGAGCAUGUGAUGUGAAACCAACACACACUACUUUUCCCUGGAAGACUUUCCUAUCUCGGAGUCGAUCACCACCAUUUGGUCACAUUUCUCUUUAAUCCAAAGUGGCACGAGCUGCAUGUGGUAUCAGUAUCUACACUAGACAGGGGAGCUUGUUUGUUCAGUGUUGCUGCAAUGACAAUGUCUUAUCUAGUCUAAAUGAGAGCUCAUGCCUCAUAGCUGUAGAUUUAAACUGUGAUAAAAUGAGUUCGCUUUGGUGGGAGUCAGACACAGCAAUCAAUUGUGAAAAGAUGUAUUCUCUCUACAUUUUUAACUGUAGGUUUCACAAUCACGACUGAUGUUUUUAGCCACGUGCUUUAGCUUAUUCCCUAAGCAUUUUUUAACUGUGCUGCUAUUUGAGCACUUUGCCUUGCAGUUAGUAGGAACUUGCAUCCUAGUUUCAGAAUAAAAGCUUUAGUUUUGAGUUCAAAUAAAGAACACUUUCUGUCUUACAUUCCCUAUUUUUGUGGAAUAUAAUCCAAAGCUGCUAUGGAACUUAGUUCCAGAAUAGUUUCAGUACCUUUGUGUGGUUUAUAGUUUUAGAGUACUAUAGAUAUACUCACUCGUGGUUGACCACUUGCAAAGUAUUUUGGCAGUCCCCUUCUUGGAAAUUGUGCAAUCAUUUUAGAAAACAAAUUAUAAAAAGAGUGAAGUGUAAAAUGUAAGCCUGUUUAUUAAAACGUACAAAAGUGUAAAAACAAAUAAAGCAAUGCACUGAUACAUC